AUGAUAUCCUAUAGGUUCGGUGCCUAUACGAAUGCCAAGCUAGCAACAAUUAUGUUCUUUGUGCUCCUCGGAUGCCGUAGAUCAGGUGGUCGCCAACUAGAUGUCAAUACUGGAUCCAGCGCCGCUCGACGUCCUCCGAUAAUAUUAUGUGUGAGGAAUACAUGUGACCACCACACCUGUUGGUGUUGUAUAUCACAGUUCCCCGGUGAUCACUGCUAUGACAAUUUAGAUGACUGCCGCAAAGUAUGCCCGCAUCCGCCUACACCAUCACUACCAAUGGCUCAACAGACCAUGAUUUAGUUUUAGCUUCGCCUUCUACUAGCGAGACAAAUAAUAAUAAUAUGGGAGAUGCCUUUGAAUCUAUUGUUUUGCAUGAGGUAUUCACCAUAAGGGAACUAAGAAAUCACAUAUCCUAGCUUAAA